AUGGAAGUCGAGAAGUGUGAAGAGAUAAGUCAAGGCUCAUUCCAACCAAACAGACAAAAUGAUAUAUUGACAUCAGCUCUUGGCACCAAUGAGUACGGUGGCUAUGUGAGAGGUGUUGGAGUGCACGCCAAAAUCCGGGAUGUGUUUGGUAAACCGGAUAGCAUAAGUCGUGGGAAAUCAGUUGGGGUUGUUUCAGUUAGUGAUCUUGAGGAGAUUGUGGAGAAGAAAAUUUAUGAGAAAGUGGCUGAAAAGAUUAGAAAACAAACAAUGGAAGAUAUGCAAUCUAAGUUAGAAAUAAUGCAGUCUCAGCUAGAAAAUAUGAUCAAGAAUGCACAAGCAAUUCCAAAGGUUGGCACACCAAUUCGGAGCAGUUGUCAUUCUAUUGAUCCAUUAAACAACGUUCAGGAAAAUCCAAAACAAACAACAAUGAUGAAUUUUGAAAGUGGGGAUCAAUCUACUGUAGAAUUACGACCACUUCUUGUUGAUGAUGAUACACUGCAGCACUUGGGAGAUGAAUCCAAAAAAUUGGCCAGACAUCUUAAAUACUUGCCGUCCAAUUUAGAUUACAUUGACGUGGACCUAGAGAAGGCAAUCUUCCAUCAUUCACAUGUGGAGUUCAUUCACGUGUUGUUUGAAGAUAUUAAAGACAUGUUCACGAUACAAUGGCUUGAUAUGUCUUCAUCGGAUGUGCAACAGAAUUGGAGUGACGACAAUUGGAUUUCUCUUUCCAAGGACUACUUCUAG